AUGAAAACUAAACUGAUCAAGGCAAUCCAACGAAUUCAGAAAAAACUAAUGAUCGAGCCUAUUGUUGAAGAAGUGGUCGAAGAAAUAAAAAUUGGAGAACUAAGAGAAUUAGAGAACGACAGUGAUGAUACAGAUGAAGAGAGCGAAUCAAGAGCGAAAACAAGGAUGGAAACUGAAGACCAAAAUAAUCCCUACAGAGGAAUCAAAGUUGAAAAGGUUAUCAACAUCGACAAAGUAUUCAAGAAAACGUGUGAUGGCAGGGCUGUGAUGGAAACUUUAAAGAGCGCUGGGAAAGCAGAUGAUAGAACCCUUUCAAAAAUUAAUAAAGUUCUGUGUGAAUUUCUAAGAGCAAAUUAUGGAGUAAGACCAUCGUCAUUCUACAAAAACAUGACGGCUUUAUCUCUAGUCGAAUCAUAUCCACAAUUGCGUUCGUCUACUCCCGACAUACCGCAAGCUUUAUGGUUUCAUGCGCAUGCUCGAGGAAAAAAUCGCCAUACCGGAAGAAUCCAUUACCAUUUGGAAUACCUUGUGCGUAAAUCGAAUGACCGAAUCAUCCAAAGAACCAAGAAUGGUCUCGAGCAGUCAGCAACAACUGAGCAUAGCAAGCAACAGGAUAUUAUUGUUGAUGACGCAGUUAAUAUUCAAGAUAUGACUACUGAACUAAAAUUCAUUUACCCUAGUCCAAAUACACGAGCACGAAUAAUGGAAUUGUGGGCUGAAACAUUCACCGAUCGUGAUGUGUACCGUAAGAACGGUUUUUUCGAUCAAUAUUUGCGGGAAUAUCCUGUGACUGCUAGCUUUGAUGGAGAAAUGAUAACACUUGAUUUCCAACGCAUGUUUCCGAACGCACCUGAUUUUUGGACGGAAUUCGAUUUGAUGCAAGCAAAAGUUCUGCGUGCCUAUCCAGAUUUGUUGAAACAUAUUACGAAUAAUGAUAUCAGAACACUGGGAAUCAUUCGCUUGAAAAACCCUAGUCGGGGAAUGAAGAGAAAUCGUAACACAAGCCAUUCAAAAGACAAUCCGUUGAUGGGAAUCGUGGAAUGGAUACAAGCUGAUGAUCCAAUUCCACAAACAAUGGAAGACAAUCCUAUGCUCUACAUUCGGGGAGAGUUUCCCGACGAUGGCGGCAUUGGCAUUGUCGCUUGGAAAAGCACGGAAAUAACCAUCGAACCUUAA